CUCGUUCUCAAUUACUUUUCGUGUUGCCUGUCUGCCCACCCCCACCAUCAAUAUUGCUCUCCACACCCACAACCUAGCUCCGAUUCGACUCUCCUAACUCGUCUCCUCUCUCAACUGAACUCACACACGACUCGUGCGACUCACUCGAACUCAAUUGGAGUCCAUCGUAUGCUGCCGGUCCCUGAGUUCCACUCCCCCAUCUCUUCAAAAAUUCGUGUGAAGGCGGCAGCCAUGUCCAAGUACGAGGAGUAUUUGGAUUACGAUGAUGAACCACAAGGUUCUUUCCCAAUCAAUUGUAGACGUCCCAAUGCUCACGGAGGCCUUCAUCGUCCUAAUAACUCAACCCUUCAACCUCUCUCUAAUAGAUACCAGAAAUAUUCCGCUCGAAUCCGAGUUUCACCUUUAGAGGAGUGGGAAGGUAAGUUGGAUAUUGGCAUGUGCAACAAUGUGACAACUUCCAUUCGAGGGUUUAUUCGGGAGACAGCCAUCGGUAGAACCAAAACUACCGAUAGAGCUGAUCGUGCUACUGUUGAGAAGGUAUUGGAUUUCAAAACCAUUUUCAUUGUACGCAAAAUGAUGCACCGUCAUGUAUACGAAGUUAUUCACGGCUGCAUUUCCACUGGGAAAGAAGCACAUGUUUAUCAUGCAAUCGAUUCUGAUGGCAAAGAACUGGCAAUCAAAGUGUUCAAAACGUCCGUUCUGGAUUUCAAGGACAGGGCAAAAUACGUACAAGGAGACUUUCGAUUCAGACGCGUAUUUAGAACGAAAAAUCCCAGGAAAAUGAUGAAGACAUUGGCUGAGAAAGAAAUGAGGAAUCUGAUGAGGAUAAAGGACGCAGGAAUUAGAUGCCCUACUGUACGUGAUAUAAAACAUCAUGUACUGGUCAUGGAUUUCAUAGGUAAGGGAGGGUGGGCAGCACCUCUUCUGAAUGAUGCUGCAUUAUCAUUAGACAAGCUGCGAGAAGGUUAUAGGGAGAUAAUAAUUGCCAUGCGAAUGUUAUAUCAGAAGGCCAAGCUGGUGCAUACCGACCUCAGUGAAUUCAACAUACUUUAUUUUGAGGGGCACCUAUACAUUAUUGAUGUUUCUCAAGCAGUUGAGCUUUUUGACGAUAAUGCCAAUGAUUUCCUACGUCAGGAUUGUCUCCAUGUCUCGGGUUUCUUCAAAAAACGUGGUGUAGCAGUUAUGACAGUUAGGGAGCUCUUUGAUUUUAUAGUUGAUCCAAGUAUUGCUGAGGAAGCAGUGGACAGUUAUUUGGAUGAGGUACAACAAAAAAUUGUGAACAGAGGAGAUAUAUCUGUUGUGGAUGAAAUUGCUGAAUCUGUAUUUUUGCAGGCAUACAUUCCAAGUACACUAAACCAGGUAAUGGAAGUUGAAGCAGAUGUACUGCGGUUAACUAGUGGUGAGGAUACUGAAGACAUGUACUAUAAAACUAUUACAGGACUAAGGCAGGCUCUUUCUUGUGUCCCACCAUCUCAACCUGAGAGUGAAUCAGACUAUGGUGAUGAUGAAGACGUCUCAAUAGAUUCACAAUCCUCAUCGGGAAUCGAGGCAAAGGAACCUCUUGAUAAAAAAGUUGCCAGAAAAGAAAACAAGAAGAAAGUUAAAGAAGAGAAGAAGGAAGCUAGGAAACACAAAUUGCCAAAGGCUGUAAAGAAAAGAAGAAAGAAGUUGGCCCAAGGUGGAAACAGACGGUAGUCUGUUGGUAUUGACUGAUGGUGGGAAAACAACAGCAGAGUUGAAGGGAGUUACAAGAGCAAUUUGGCAUUGUUGUUAACUUGUUACCAUGUUGCGAGGAAGACCAAACGCUUUUUAUGUGCUUUGAGAAUCAUCAGUUCAAUGAGUGUGUAAGAGUAAACCAAGUCUUUGGGGAAUGUUUUAUUUUUCUCUCAAUACUUCAUGUCGUCAAAUAUUAUUUAUAGAUUUCUUUGCGAAAAGGAUGAAUUAGUGAUCUACAUUUAAAUCGAAUCACGUCAUUUUCUUUGGUGUGUGCCUUCUGGGUAUUUUGAAAAUUUCCUUCCUCUUCGUCUGAUGGCGGAUGAGAUUUAUUGACACUGUGAGCUUGCGCUUUGGUCUUUGGUGAAAGGGGAUUUGUGGUGACAAUUACAUUAUUUUUUCUGAAGAUUUGUUGUCCUUG